GCGUAGGCAAAACAAAAGAACCUCGUUCUGUUCGUUAAUUUAUGUGCUUCGGUCAACGAAAUGGUGAAAUUUUCCAAUAUAAUCGAAACUCUAUUUAGGAAAAAUGAUGCAUCCAAGCUGGAAACAGAUGCUGCUCCAUUACCUCCAAGACGAAAAACAGAUACGCACCAGGAAGUGACAAUGGCCGGUGGCAAUGUUCCCGUAACGCAGAAUGGGAAUUUCCCAAAUGGUAAUGCAAACAUCGGAAUGGUGGUGCCCGCAAUGGAAAGCCUGGCUCUCGUGCCGAACAACACGCCGCAAUCGUUGCAGCCGAUUGCAGGAGAAAAUCAAACUCCACCACAAACGAUAGUGAACAAUGUGCAGCACAACACGCUUACAGCCCCACAAACGUCCAUUUCCAACACGACCGGAAUGCAGGUGUAUCAGAUAAGGAAUGCAAACAAUCUGCACAUUGGAAACAAUUACACGUUCAACUCCGCCGUGAUGGACGAAGGAGCUUCAACAAGUGGUUCUUUACCGCGCACAUCCGGCGUCAAAUGGGCUAACUUGCGGCUGUCCAGUACCAUAUCGCAAAUGAUGCAGAGCCUGGACGAGGUUGACGCAGAGAUUAUCGAUACGGUGUCCCGUCAUUUAGGGUAUGGAUGGAAAAGUUUCGCCCGCAAGCUUGAAUACUCUGAGGGACAGAUUGACGCGUUUGAGGCAGAUAACAGCACAUUGGCUGAGCAAAUUUACAGCUUCGUGUUGGAUUGGACUCGCAACGAUGAUGAUCCAACGCUUGGGCGACUUGUUACACUUUUGUGGGACAACAAACACAAAGAAACAGUAUACUACAUCAAGCAGGUGUGGAAACAACGGAAAACAGAUAACGGUUCCGGUUAAAGAAGUUAGUAUUUAACGUAACGUUUUCCAUUAAGUUCAUUUCCAUUCAGAUGUGUAAAGAAAACUGGGUGAGACUUUUACCUCAUCCUGGGUGAGAUUGUGAUAUCGUACACUCCAAAUGCUCGAAAGCAAUGCAGAAAAAGUGCCUUUUACCAAUGUUACAAUUGAAAAAGAUCCGACUUAUGAUAAACCAGUACAAUACGUAUAAUCAGGUAAGCCAGAACGAUUUCACGACACAGUCAUGUAAAUUGUCUAACAAAUAAACUAUCUAUACAUUUUACAUACCCGUUUGUGUCACCAACAUGUGUGAGCAAGCAAAGCAUAACUAUUUCAUUAAGAAUCCUGAAUGGUUGCACCGUUAUUACGUGCGUUGAUUUAUUUUUAUGUUUCCUCUGUCCCGUUGUACACAAUCA